AUGUCCAAAAGAAACGCUCCAGACCACCCGGAGAGCAAGCAUCCUACCACGAAACGAGCAAAGGAGAUUGACGCCCACACACCGUACGAGGAACUCUGCAGUCUCCUUGAGAAUCAAGAAAGCCCCAAGGAAACCAAGAGGGUACUGCAUUGGUUUCGUAGCAAAGACCUACGCAUCCAUGACAAUAACGCGUUGCACGCUGCGUCCACGCUUGCGGAAGAGGCGAAAGCUCCCUUGAUCUGCGCGUACAUCAACUGCCCAGCCGAGUUUCGAUGGCAUGGGACCUCGCCCGCUAGGACAGACUUUAUUUGCGAAAACCUCAGACUCAUGCAAUCGGAGCUCAAGGAACUAAACAUCCCCCUGGUCUUUCUGGAAGCCGGCGAGCGAGAUGAACUCGUGUCUACCAUCCUGAAUUUUAUUCGCGAGAACGACGUCUCCCACGUCUUCGCCAACUACGAGUACGAAAUCGACGAGCUACGCCGCGACAUCAAGGUGCUCAAGGCAGGGCCCUACGAGAACGAUUCUUCCAAGGUGUUCCAGAUAUCCUUUCACCACGACCAGACGGUGGUCGAACCAGGUACCAUGCUCACAGGCAAUGGCACGCCAAUGAAAGGAUUCACACCCUACCACCGAGCGUGGCUUGCCGAAGUCAAGGCCAACCCGAGCCUUUUGGACACGGUACCUCCACCGUCCAAGAAGAAAUUCAACGGUGGUGUUUCAGAAAAGCUGAAAUCGCUGUUCGACAGCAAGCCACCCACUUCUCCUGAUGAAAAGCGGUUCAAGGACGAGUCUGAACGCAAGCGCAUCCGCACUCUGUGGCCAGCGGGCCACAACGCCGCAAUCGACCGCCUCAACCACUUUUUGUUCGACAAGAUCGAAGACUACGCCGCUACCCGCUCCAACCCGGCCAAGGACUCGACAUCGCGACUGUCGGCGUACUUUGCAGCGGGGGUCUUGUCUAUCCGCGAGACUCUCUCGGCCGUGCGCAAGGCUGCCAAGGGGUCUGCGGACUUUUCACAAUCCGGCCCCGGUGGGUACGGAAUAGCGUCCUGGGUGCGCGAGCUCGUCUUCCGCGAAUUAUACCGUCAAACCACACUGACGACACCGCACACCGCCAUGAACCUGCCGCAGAAUCUCAAAUUCGAUUUCGUGCACUGGGAGGACGACGAGGAGGGCUAUGACCGCUGGGAGCAGGGCACGCUAGGUGUGCCAUUUGUCGACGCGGGGAUGCGUCAGAUCAAGCACGAGGCUUACAUGCACAAUCGGCUGCGCAUGAACGUGUCCAGCUACCUAUAUUGUAACCUGUUGAUCGACUAUCGACGCGGUGAGCGAUAUUUCGCCGAGACCUUGAUCGAUUGGGACCUCAACAACAACACCCAAGGCUGGGAACCUAGUUACACCGUCUUCAACCCCGUCAGCCAGGCUGAGAAGAAUGAUCCAGACGGGGAAUAUAUCCGGAAAUGGGUCCCAGAACUAAAGGACGUAAAGGGAAAGGCCAUAUUUGACCCUUAUCACAGGUUGUCUAAAGACGAGUUCGAGAAGCUGGGAUAUCCUGCUCCGUACGUGGACUGGAAUGAGACAAAGCAGAGAGCCAACGAGAGGUUCAAAUCUGAUAUGAAGGAUGCCGAGCCUUGA